UGGCUCAGGGCUGGCGCUGAAGCUUAGCGAGGCUGGAGGCCAGUGCCCUAGUCUGCGGGCAUCUGGGCUGCAGCCUAAUAGUCUCAAGGCGGGCAGGGGGCGACUGGACGGCCAGACAGACUUGCUGGCUGGCUACCUGUUUGGUUUGCUGUGUUCUGUGUUGGCAAUGGGUGCUGGUUUCCCACAGGAAAUCUUGGUGGCUGAGCAAAUUUGUGACCCAGGAAAUAGCAGCUAGAUGUCCGGGAUGCUGAUGCAAGGCUGGUGUGCAUUCUAAGGUCCUGGAGCAGUCCUGCCUACCAUGGACCCAGACCCCCAGGCGGGCGUGCAGGUGGGCAUGCGUGUGGUGCGUGGCGUGGACUGGAAGUGGGGCCAGCAGGAUGGCGGCGAGGGCGGCGUGGGCACAGUGGUGGAGCUCGGCCGCCACGGCAGCCCCUCGACCCCCGACCGCACGGUAGUCGUGCAGUGGGACCACGGCACCCGCACCAACUACCGCGCGGGCUACCAGGGCGCGCACGACCUGCUGCUCUACGACAACGCCCAGAUCGGCGUCCGCCACCCCAACAUCAUCUGUGACUGCUGCAAGAAGCAUGGGCUGCGGGGCAUGCGCUGGAAGUGCCGCGUCUGCUUCGACUACGACCUCUGCACGCAGUGCUACAUGCACAGCAAGCACGACCUGGCCCACGCUUUCGAGCGCUACGAGACAGCCCACUCGCGCCCGGUAACACUGAGUCCCCGCCAGGGCCUCCCAAGGAUCCCGUUGAGGGGCAUCUUCCAGGGGGCAAAGGUGGUACGGGGCCCCGACUGGGAGUGGGGCUCACAGGACGGAGGGGAAGGGAAACCAGGCCGAGUGGUGGACAUCCGUGGCUGGGAUGUGGAGACGGGUCGGAGUGUGGCCAGCGUGACGUGGGCCGAUGGCACCACCAAUGUGUACCGUGUGGGCCACAAGGGCAAAGUGGACCUCAAGUGUGUGGGCGAGGCGGCCGGCGGCUUCUACUACAAGGAGCACCUCCCAAGGCUCGGCAAGCCGGCAGAGCUGCAGCGCAGGGUGAGUGCGGACGGCCAGCCCUUCCAGCACGGGGACAAGGUUAAGUGUCUGCUGGACCCAGACAUCCUGAGGGAGAUGCAGGAAGGCCACGGCGGGUGGAACCCCAGGAUGGCGGAGUUUAUCGGACAGACGGGCACUGUGCACCGCAUCACGGACCGUGGGGACGUGCGUGUGCAGUUCAGCCAUGAGACCCGCUGGACCUUCCACCCUGGGGCUCUCACCAAGCACAACUCCUUCUGGGUGGGCGAUGUCGUGCGGGUCAUCGAUGACCUUGACACGGUGAAGCGGCUGCAGGCCGGGCACGGGGAGUGGACAGAUGACAUGGCCCCUGCCCUGGGCCAUGUUGGGAAUGUGGUGAAGGUUUUUGGAGAUGGGAACCUGCGUGUGGCAGUCGGUGGUCAGCUGUGGACCUUCAGCCCCUCCUGCCUGGUGGCCUACCGACCUGAGGAGGAUGCCAACCUGGACGUGGCUGAGCGUGCCAGGGAGAACAAAAGCUCCCUGAGCGUUGCACUGGACAAGCUUCGAGCCCAGAAGACUGACCCGGAGCACCCAGGGAGGCUGGUGGUGGAGGUGGCCCUGGGCAACAUGGCCCGGUCUCUGGACCUGCUUCGGAGGCACCCAGAGCAGGUGGACACCAAGAACCAGGGCAGGACUGCCCUGCUGGUGGCGGCCUACCUAGGUCAGGUGGAGUUGGUGCGGCUACUGCUGCAGGCACGGGCAGACGUGGACCUGCCUGACGAUGAGGGCAACACGGCGUUGCACUAUGCAGCCCUCGGGAACCAGCCCGAGGCUGCCCAGGUGCUCCUGAACUCAGGGUGCGGGGCCAAUGCUCUUAAUGGCACCCGGAGCGCAGCGCUGCACGUGGCUGUGCAGAGGGGCUUCCUGGAGGUAGUGAGGGUCCUGUGUGAGCACGGCUGUGACGUCAACCUGCCUGAUGCCCAUGCUGACACACCCCUGCACUGUGCCAUAUCAGCUGGCGCCGGCGCCAGCGGCAUCGUGGAGAUCCUCACUGAGGUGCCGGCCAUCGACGUUACUGCCACCAACAGCCAGGGCUUUACCCUGCUGCACCAUGCGUCUCUCAAAGGCCAUACGCUAGCCGUCAGGAGGAUCCUGGGACGGGCACGGCAGCUGGUGGAUGCCAAGAAGGAGGACGGCUUUACAGCAUUGCACCUGGCCGCCCUCAACAACCACCGGGAGGUCGCCCAGAUUCUCAUCCAAGAGGGCCACUGUGACGUGAAUGUUCGAAACCGUAAGCUCCAGUCCCCGCUGCACUUGGCUGUGCAGCAGGCCCACGUGGGGCUGGUGCCACUGCUGGUGGAUGCUGGCUGCAGCGUCAAUGCCGAGGACGAGGAGGGGGACACGGCCCUGCACGUGGCACUGCAACGCCAUCGGCUACUGUCUCUCGUGGCUGAUGGGGCCGGGGGGGACUCGGGGCCCUUACAGCUGCUGUCCAGGCUACAGGCCUCAGGCCUCCCGGGCAGCGCGGAGCUGACGGUGGGCACGGCGGUGGCCUGCUUCCUGGUGCUGGAGGGCGCCGACGUGAGCUACGCCAACCACCGCGGCCGGAGCCCGGUGGACCUGGCCGGCGAGGGCCCCUUGCUCAAGGCCUUGCAAGGCUGCGCCCAGCGCUUCCGCGAGCGGCAGGCGGGCGGCGGCGGGGGCGCGGCCCCGGGCCCGAGGCUGGUGCUCAGCACCCCUAACACCGUGACGAACCUGCACGUGGCCGCGCCGUCAGGGCCCGAGGCCGCUGAGUGCCUGGUGUGCUCCGAGCUGGCGCUGCUGGUGCUGUUCUCGCCGUGCCAGCACCGCACUGUGUGCGAGGAGUGCGCGCAGAGGAUGAAGAAAUGCAUCAGGUGCCAGGCGGUCAUCGGCAAAAAGCUGCGCCCAGACGGCACGGAGGUGGCCAGCGCGGCGCCCGCUCCCGGCCCGCCGCGGCAGCUGGUGGAGGAGCUGCAGAGCCGCUACCGGCAGAUGGAGGAGCGCAUCACCUGCCCGAUCUGCAUCGACAGCCACAUCCGCCUCGUGUUCCAGUGCGGCCACGGCGCGUGCGCGCCGUGUGGCGCCGCUCUCAGCGCCUGCCCCAUCUGCCGCCAGCCCAUCCGCGACCGCAUCCAGAUCUUCGUGUAGCCCGGCCGCGCCCCGUCUCGCUGCGGAGCCACGUCCCGCGGUCGCCUUCGCAAGCUCUCCCCCCCUCCCCCCUGUGUUUUAUAAAAAGAUUCUCGGACUUUG